UCGUCCACAAACGAACAAACGAGUCGGAAUAACGGACAGCUGGACAUAAUUUUAGUGGAAAAACGUACAAAUUAAAGCUUCAAAUCGUGAUAAAUUGUACAUUUUCUCUUUCGCUGUCGUUGGUGUUAUGCUGUUCAGUUUCUUUGGUUGUAAAUCAGUGAUUAAAGAGGCAGACAAACUCUAAAUUUGUUUCCACAAUGGACGGGAUACGCUGGUCCAAAGUUUUGGUUCAGUGGGUUAAAGAUUCCAACCUGAUUGAGUGUGAUUGUGAGAAUAUAGAACAAUGCAGCGUGGAUCAGUUCUAUCCCAAAUUUCAAGAACGGAUGAAAAAUACCUUGAUCAUAAACGAACCCAACAUUAUAAGGUUUCUCGAGAUUCACUUUCCGCACUUCGAGAUGUACCUCACGGAAACCAAACAAAUCGCGGCUCCAGAUCAUUUCUACAUAUUUUCGCUGUUGUUGUAUUUUUCCUGCGUACGGCAUCCGGAAAAGUUUUUCCAACAGAUCUGCAGUUCGUUCGACAAACACAAGCAACACGCAGUUACUGCUUUUCUAAAGAGUAUGUUCGAUGCCAACCACAUGCGAAAAGAAGUAGAUCGAGCCAUGAUCAAAAAAGCCAUACAGGAUGCCAUGCCUCACACGAUGUUACCUCCAUCAUCGUCAUCGCCGAAAAUUAGACCGGAUCCAAAGUCUCCACCAUCUAACCUAUCCAGUGUACCUUCCCGGCUGCUAUCUAGUGAUGUAUUGGACAGUCCCAUUAGACCUAGUCGCUCGGAGUCGAGAAUUUCCCCUCCGACGCCCAAAACUAUCAUCCUGGAUGAACGAACUCGGCAGCUCAAGGAGCUUAAAGCGCAGCUUGAAGCAGAGCGUUACGAAAAAGGUUACCUGGAGGUGCAACUUAAACAGCUGCAGGAUAAGAACGAAAAACUAUUGGAAGAUAAAAGCAAACAUCUCAAGGAAUUGCGGGAGCUAAAGGUGGAGUUACAGAAUUGUAAUCGAGAGAAUGAAUCCCCUAACAAAAAGCGAGGAGUCGACCAUAAACUGGUCCGUAUCGAACGGCAACUUCUGGAGAAGGAAGAAAUGCUGGAUAAGCUGCGAAUCGAGCUAGAAACGGUUAACGAGAACAAUCGCAAUGCUAAUGAAAUGAUUAGCUAUCGUAACACCCAGAUCGUCAAGCUAAAGGAUCAAAUUUUGGAACUCGAGGGAUCGAUAUCCACACUGUCCGAAUGCAUUGAAGAAAAGGAAGAAAUUAUCAAACUGCUCCGGCUGGAGAAGGAUGAUUUACAAAAUUUUAUCAUUCAGAAUCGCCUGGAACAGGGCGCCGGUGUAGAUGUGUUGAAUGGAUCGUUCGAAUGUCUAGAACUCAGUUCGGCAGAUGCCGGUAACAAUGGCACCGGUAGCACCGGAGGUGGUAGUAGUAAGAACUUUAGCCCGGAAAAUAUGGCAUGUGCCGUGGUGGAUGUGCAGCUGAAGGAGAAGGAGGCGGAAAAUUGCUUGCUCAAAAGAUCACUGGAAGUGAUUGAACACGAAAAGGUUCGCGUUUCUGGAUUGGUGGGGCAGUUUUUCAGACUAUAUAAUGAGGUGGUUGGGCGACUGCCAAAUGGAACAACCGAUCCUGGCGAUGUAGGAUUUGUAGAGAAAAUGAACAUCUUUAAAGUUUGUUACGAAACGCUGUUUGAAGAGUACGCUAGGUAUCGAGAGGGAAAAGGUCUUUUGGAAGAUCGCAACGAUCAGCUAGAGGAGGAAGUUCGCCAACUUAGUUCGAAGGUGAUUUCUCUUAAAGAAGUUCUUCGGGCGCUAGAAAGUAAUACGGCAGACAUUAACAGAGAGCUAGAGGCUGUAAAGAAGCAUGCUAGUGAUUAUAAGAAACAUAGUUUGGAGUUGGAAGAAACUGUCAACAAACAGAAACGUGACUACCUUAAGCUGAUUUCGGAAAAAGAUGACUUACAAAAGACACUCACAGAUUUUGUGGAAGAAAAUGGAAACAUGCAAGGAACGAUUCUUAAGCUACACACCGAGAGAGAUGGUUUUAUUGAAUCGAAUUCAAAACUGAAUAAAGAGAAGGAUGAUAUGCUAAAAAAACUGCGAGAUCUCUCUGUGGAACGAGAGGCCCUGAGUAAACAGAAUCUGGACUUGAACAUAGAAUUGAAUAGCUUAAAGGGUGAAUAUGAUUCCAUUACUGGAAAGAUUGAUUACAUGUUAGUUUCGUUGAACGAGGAUCAUGAAGGUAGCGAUUUUUCGUCGUGGUUCGAAAAAAUGGAUGACUUACGAGUGCGACUUGUUACACUAAAAGAAGACAAAGAUCGUUUAACCUCGUUGAACAUGAAAUUGACUUUCGAGAAAACUGCUUUGGAAAAGGAAAUCAGCAACGGUGAAUACUCUAGAACUUUAUUGGAAGAAAAACACAAUGAAUCAAGAAAAACCGUAGAAAAUCUUACUGAUCAAUUAGCACAGCUAAAGGCGAGCUCUCUAGAGAAACAAGAAAGUUAUUCACUGCUUGAAAAAACUAAAACCGAUUUAGAGCAAAAUAUCCAGAGCUUGUCAGCAGAACUCCUUGAAGUGCACAGUGAACUGACAGGAACAGUUGAACAACUGGAAUUGUGCGAAAAGUCGUUGGAACAUACUCGAACAGAAUUACAACUGAAAAAUAAAGAACUUGUCAGUGCGCAAGAUUGUAAUAACAAGCUAGAACUAGAAAUUUCAAACCAACAAGCGACUAUGCAAAUUCUAGAACAAGUCCAACGAGAUACUUUGGAAAAGAAAAGCCAUCUUGAAGAUGAAAUUGAACAACUCCGAAAAUCACUGCAGGAAUCACACCAAUCAUUAUCUGAAACUAAAGAUCAACUAUGUUCAAUCCAGCAGGAACAAUUGAAGUUGGCCGAUCAAAACAAUCGAUUGUUGGAAGAAAACAAAUCUAUCGAAAAGAAACUCCUCACCGAAACUCAACACAAGAAUAAACAAUCUGGAACGAUUGAAUCGCUCGAAAUGCAACUAAGUGACCUCCAACUAUUGUUGGACAACCAAAAGCAGCACACUCUAGAACAAGAACAUACAUUGACUGCACAAUUGAAAGAAGCACACUCGCAGCGUGAUCUUUUACAUAAAAUGAACCAAUCAUUAUUGUCAGGCUUCAAUUUAAUGCAAGAGCGAAUCGUAAGUCUCGAUAAAACGUAUCAAACUAAGAUCGAAAAUUUGCAGACCAAAAUUCCCAAGCUAUCCGGUCUGUUGGCAAAAUUAUCGUCAUAUCAAUUCCAACUGCGACUGGAAAAAUCGACCCUAGAGGACAAAUUAACAAAAAUGGCAAAUGAAUAUGCAACUCUUCAGUUAGAAAACGAAAAAUUGAACAAGCAAUUAGUAGAGCUCACAUCUUCGAAGAAAACAGUCGAAGAAGAAAAACUAGCACUUGAAGAAGAGUUGACAGAGUUUGAAGAAAAGGCACGACUAGAUGAGAACAAAAUUCAGCAGCUUCGACGGGAGAUUGACGAUUUGUUGGUACAGAAAACGCGCAACAUUGAAGAAGCGUUGGGCCGGCAAACUGAAAUUGGCGAUCAGUUGGCAGUUGCUUUGGAAGCUAGAAAUGAUUUGGAAAUUCAAGUUAAUCAAGCCAAGGAGGCUCUUCAAUGCGUACAAGACGAAGUUAGAAAAAAAGAUGCACAAUUGCGGCAACUUUCGGUGGAACAUGAUGAGCUGGAGAUCAAAUGUGCCAAGCUGGAAAUCGAACUCGGAGAACAAAAAAACGUUAUAAUUGCCGAACAGCAAUCGAAGGAGCAGCUUGAAAAACGGAUUGAAGUUCUUUCUUUUGAAUUGACGUCAGCGGAAAUGGAAGUUACUAAAGUGAAAGAAGAACUGUCGUCGAAAGAACAGGACUUCAGUACCGAAGUGAAUACUGUUAGCCGUCUGAGCCACGAAAAAGAACUUCUUGAACAAAAAAUCCAAGAAUUAGCGACGGGUUUGGGAACAGUAAGGCAAGCCAAAAACGAAUUGCAGGAGCUGUUGGAACAAGAAAAAGAAAAAGCUGAAGAAUAUAAUUCCCAGGCAAUCGAACUGAGAGAAAAACUUUUGAAAAUAACAGACAAAUCAAGAGAUCUGGAGCAAUCUAGAAAUUUGUUGCUGGUUAAAAACGAUGAGCUGUCGAAAGAAUCUGAAACACUUCUGGAACAGUUGGCGGAACACACGGAAACUAUAACUGUAAUUGAGGAAGAUCGUGAUGCACUACGAGAGGAAAAGUGUUUGUUAGAGGCAAAUCUAGAACGUGUUGAUUCUGACAAAGAGUCCAUGGGUUUACAGUGCGCUAAACUGUUAGCUCAGUUGUCGAAAGAACGUGAAGAAGCUUCUAUAGAAAAGAAAAAAUACGAGAGUGACAUUGACAGAGUGGUUGAAGAAAGUAAGAAGCUCCAGUCCGAUCUAGUUUCUGCUGAAAAAGAACAUCGGUUGCUUGAACAACGAAUUCAAGAGUUGGAACAAUCGAGGAAGCAUUUGGAAGAUACAAUUUCGAGCAAAGGUGUCAUCGAAGGCAAACUUGCUGAACUUUCACGAGUAGUUGAGGAAUUAAGGCAAGACAAAUCUAAUUUGGAAACGGAAAUCGGAGCUACUAAAAUGGAACGCGAUAGUAUUUUGAGCAACCUACAAGAGCUGAAAGCAAAGCAUACCGAAUUAGAGGACGUGAAAAAGAUCUUAGAAGCUGAACAACAGUCUAUCGAACUUUCAAAAACUGAAUUAACAGCUAAACUCGAAUCAGCACAGAAAGAAAGUCAAGAAACGACUGAACAAAUUGUUCUUCUGAAAGAUACAGUAAAAACAAUUACCGACAUACUUAAAAUGAAAGAUAACGAACUUACGACCAUAAAGCAGCAAAACGAAACCUUGAAAACAGAACAUCAUUUUGUUGUUACCGGUAUGGAAACUGAGUUCAACGAAAAGUUGAACAAAAUGCAAUUGGUUAAGGACACACUAGACAAACAAGUGCAAGAUCUUUCGAAUCAGGUAAAGCAAUUGUCGGAAGAAGUAACUAAGAAAGAGAACGAGCUGCUGUCAGCAGUAGAAAAACUUCAACAUAGCACUACAUUGCUAAAAUCUGCUGAAGCCCAAAUCGCUGAAUUGAAUACACAACUUGGAGAGAAACUGUCUAUUCAGCAGUCUCUAGAAUCGCGAGUCAACAAACUAGGUGAAUUGGUUCAAAGACAAGAAGAAACAAUCAGAAUCAAUGAAUCGCAAAUAAGCCUACUUUCAGGGCAAAUCACCGACGGUGAAAAUCUUCGAGUUGAGCUGCAAAGAAAGCUAACUGGACUGGAGGAAAACUGUGCCACUUUGGAAAAACGAGUACAAGAUUCAAUGGAACAAGUUUCACAACUUUCUGAAACGAAUUCCAACCAAAAAGCGGUUAUCGUCGAAAAAGAUACUGAAAUUCAUCAACUGACGGAAGGACUUCAGAAAAUCAAAACCUUCCAAACCCAACUUGAAGAAAAGGUGACUGCUUUCGAGACGGUUGUUGCCGAAAAAGAUGAAAUCGAACAGCAGUUGAUACAAUUGCAAAAUGAGAUCGAAACAUUGGGCGAUGAAAAGCGUAAAAUUUCCAUCGAACUGGAAGCGCUUCUGGAGCAAAAGAACGAUGUCGAUCGAAGGUUGAUCCAGCAGCUGCAAGAUUACGACACGCUGAACGAAGAGUUUCUUAAUGAAAGGGACGCUAACAAAGAAAAUGAGCAUAAACAAACGGAACUGAAGCAACAGAUUCAAUCACUGGUGGAUGAAAAUGAUCGGCUCAAAGUGGCUCAGGAUAGCUCUCGUGUUCAGUUGAGCACCAAAGAAAAACGUCUUGUUGAGCAAGAAAAGCAAAUGGAUAAGUUAAAGCGAGAGAUGGAUGGUCUUUUUGGGAAAAAUCAACAGAUGGAUUCGUUGACCCAUGAGUUGAUGUCGAUGAAGAUCCAAGUGACGGAAUUGGUCGCCAAGAAAGAUGAGUUGAAUGAUGUCGUCGAGCACAAAGAAAUUCAAGAGAAAGCUCUUCAGGAUAGCAUGAAUCAUUUGAAGGAGAACCUACGAUCGAAGCAAGAGGAAGUCGAUACCCUCAACACCGACUUACACAAUGUUAAAGAAUCUCUCCAUAGCGUGAAGAUCGAAAACAGUAAACUUAAAUCUACCAUCGAGCUGCAGCAAACAAAAAUGCUCAACUUGGAGCUAAAAAACACCGAACAAGGCAAGAAAAUCGAGAAACUGGAAGAAUCGCUCAGCAAAACUGAACUCAGCCAUCUGGAGGACAAUUCGAAGGCGACCACACUGCUGAAACAGCUUGAAAAGUACAAAGAUUGCGAAAGUAAGAUGCGGGAACUUUCCGAGCUGCACGAGAAAGAGCGUGCGAUGAAUGAAAAGUUCGUGCAAGAUAUUGGUAUCCUGCGGGCGAAACUGGUCAAACAUCGCCAGACCAGUGAAGAGAAAGAACAAGAGUGGACCCACGAAAGGCACGCACUGGUCAAAAAGUUGGACGAGUGUAACAAGCAAGCUGAUGAAAAAAUCAGGGACAUCCGGAUCGAGUACGAGGGCAAGCUAGAAAAGAUGAAAGAGAAAAUGAGUUUGCUAUACAACGACGAGAGAGAGAAAACGAAAGCAAGAUGCGAAAAAGACAUACAGGCCCUCAAAGCUGACCUUCAGCAAGAAAACAAAAGGUUCACCAAACUAGAAGUCCAUGCGGCCAAAUUGCAGCAGCAAUUGUGCACUCUGAACGAGAAAAAUUUGGAGCUAAUGAAGGAGAACGAAUUUGUAAAAUCCAAAAUGCGUAUAAUGGAAGAGAUACGCGAGGAGCGCAAAUCCAUGCUACCUCCUCCAUCGCAUGUGCGAUUGUGUUCCAACUUAAAGAUGGAAGACGAGGAGGGUGAAAUAUUCAACAACACGUACCUCACGGAUCUGAAGACGGGGCGCAUGUCUCCACCGUUUGCCGGUAGGGAUUCGGUUCGAUAUUCCGAACUCGCCCAGCGCAAUUCCAUGGUACCCCCGCAUCUCCGCAGCAGCUAUCUGCCGCAGUACACGGACAGCGAGUGGCCCGAAGAGGAUCAGAAGGAUGCAGGUUCGCUCAAUCUUGACGACAGCAGUACCAGCUUGAUUUCUCGCAAAAAAGUAGGUGGAACGACAUCCUACAAACGACCCGGUCCACCAACACCAAGCAAAAAAGCGGGCCGACUGUCAUUCGGUGGUUCGAUAGCGACCAAUGAUUUCCAGUAUAAUCCUAUUCUGAAGGAUAGUUCGAUCAACAACAACAACACCAGUACAACAAGUGGAGGACAAGGAGCCAUAGCUGCGCUCAGCUCUCGGCUCAGCUUCGGUGGGGGGCGUAAGAGCAACGCGGAUACUCUACCGCCAGCUGGUAGUUCCGAUACUGCGCCCGGCUCGAGUUUGGCCGAAUUGAAUGCCCGCCGCAAGACUCCGGGCAAGUUCAAACAGAUGUUCAGCUCUACGAAUCUUCUCAACACCCUGCAACGAGACGAGUAUAAAAGUACUCCGAAAAGCACUGGUCCAACCGCAAGCCGGUUACCACAAUCUAAGGUUACGAAACCGAACAGCGAAUCCACUACCGAAUGCGAUUCCGGAAAAACCGGUCCCAUCGUCGGUGGGUCGAGAAAGUGGAUCAAACGAGACUCGCUGGGCGCUCGAGUUACACCGAAACAGACCACAACAAAAGCCGGUAAACAAUCGCGGAAGAUGCCAACGCGGUUCGAUCGUAAUCGUCACCUAAGCAGUUUGGACAGCGACAGUUCCAACAACGAUAGUCCUCGAAACGGUGUCGAUCCUUACGAUGGAUUCUGCUACGAAGCAACGCCGGAUCGGAUACAAAAAAUCGACAUUAACUCAAUGGACAUAUUUUGUCGAACCGAUCGGCAAACUCCGAAGCUGAUGGUGUUCGUUGGAGAGAAUAAGGACGAGAACAAUAAUGCGGAACUUCAAGGUGGCCUAUCCAAUGUUUGUAACAAAAAUAGCAAAAAAGAGCUGCCUGUUCGAGAUUGGUCCAGUACAAGUGAGACAAGUGACUUCGUUCAACAGCUUUGCAAUCAUCGGCGAGAAAAACAACGGCGCAAGAGUAGAGACCAGAGAAGAGAAUCUUUCAACCGACUACGUAACAUUAACGGAGGUGCGUUCGCUUCCCGGUCUGCUGAGUACCGAAACGAUCAAGUUACGAAUGCUGUAGAAACCGGAGACACGCAGCAGCAUUUCGAAUCGCUCCUGCAUCAGAAAAUUCUCGAUCGCCCUAGUGAAAUUCUACCCUCGACGGCGCGCACGAAACAUGAUUCCGAUUCGUUCGAUAACAUGGUAACAAGUUCGACCGGAAUUCAAGGUAUUAUGGGGUUCCCUUUGCUGGAACGAUUUUCGGAAAUUUUCCGCAUUGCUUUGCUACAACGGGAAAAAUCGAUCAGCCGGCAGCCAUCGGCCGUUGUGAAGCCAGAAUCAUCCACGCCUGAACUAACUGCCGAACAGAAGCGAAACCAGCGCGCUUAUCUGAUGCUGGCGGGCUUUGCCGGGCUUAGUUUUUCGGCUCUGGUCUUCAGUAUCUAUCUGAAUUAUGUAGACUACCGUUUGUCCAACAAUAACUGAUGUUUGUUUUUUUUUUUAAAUUUAUUCCUGUAUUUAUUUUAGCAGAAAUGACCGAUUCCAUCCACUAAUGCGCUUUUAAUCGUAAUUGAAAAUUACAUCUGUAACAUAUUUAGUAUCUAUAGUAUUAGCUCAUGAAUGUUGUACAUUGUGAUAUUGCUGACACUCGAGAGUCGAUGUUCCAAUGCUGGAAAUAAAAGAAAGAAAAACUUAUCUUAAAAUAGACUUCCAAUUGUUUUUUUUUAAAUUAUUAAUCACAAUCGUUGUGUUAUUUGUUUUUCGUUGUUCAAACUUUUAAAGUAGUGCGUAACCUUUUAGCUACGUAAUUUAGAUGCUUUUUGUAACUAACCCCGUUCCGCAUUUAUUUAUUAAAAAAAUAUAAAUUCUUGUUCAGAAUAUUGCAUUAAUCUAGUGACUAAUUUAUUGAGUGUUUCUUCAUAACUUUUUUUUGUUCUCUUC